AUGCCAGAUGACGAUGACCUACCCAUCCCCGCUGGUGAUCUCGGCAUCAUGGACGAUGAUGACCCCUUCACGUUCUUCGAUCCAGCAGGCGACAUGCCCGGGCUGAGCGGCGCGGACGACACGGAGUUUGCGGCCUCCAACCGCUCCUCCCGCCGAAGCAGCUACACAGACUACGACGCCAGCCACGACGCCAGCCACGACAUUGACGAGAGCUUCCGCGCGCCCUCCCCUCAUCGCCGUGCGACCGUUGGCGAGGUGAUGGUGGAGCGCCGGCGCAUGCUGUCCCCUCGCCAGGCCCGCCGCAUGAGCCUGACUGCCGCGCCGACCACGGGUGCUGCCCUGCGCGGAACAAGCCUCUCUCCCACGCGCCUGCGCGACACGGACACCAUCCCCGCGCCGCCAAGCCGCGUCGUGCACUCGGCCCGCCAAAGCCCCGUGCCGCGAUCAAGCGCAUCUCGCAGCGUCAGCCCCGCAGGCAAGCGCACAGCUGCUGCCGCCGCCGCCACGGCCCACCCGCGCUCGCAACACUCCUCUGCGCCGACAUCAUCUGCAGCGCUGUCGACGGACAUGGGUGGCGACAAACCACAGCAGCACGGCCGCGACCACGACAGCGACACGGACCACCCGCGCACGAAGAAGCGCACGCAGCACCGGCGGCACUCGCUCCACCAAGACCACCACCACCAGCAGCAGCAGCAGCAGCAGCAGCACCAUCAGCAGCAAGCGCACCGCCGUCACAGCCAGCCGAACCAGGACGAGGACUUUGACUUUGACACGGCGUCUGCAUUUGGCAACGACGACGACCAGGAAGGGUCUGCCGGGUACAAGUCGAAGCUUGCAGGCAAGCGCGGGCGCAGGCGACGGGAGAUCAUGCAGGCCAUGAAGCCCGAGGAGCUUGAGCGGGAGCGGGAGCUGAAACUGCAGAAGAGCCGGCAGUCUGCGCGCGAGUGCCGGCGCCGCAAGAAGCAGUACAUCCAGCGCCUUGAGGAGCGCAUCCGGCAGCUGGAGGCAAAGACGCAGACGCAGGCCAGCGACCUCGCCCGCCUGGCCCAGGAGAACGCGGCACUGCGCACGCAGCAGGGGCUUGAUGCAGGCACCCCGGCCUCCUCUGUGGUGGGACCGCCGUCGCCUGCGCUCUCCUCCAUGCGCGCAUCCUCCAUUGGCGACGCCAGCAGCCUGGCCACCGCUAACACCCUGAACAGCAGCACCGUCGCAGGGGACACGCCCAGCCUCAACAGCAGCGGCCUCAACAGCAGCGGCCUCAACAGCAGCGGCGUGGCGUCCAUGGGUGUGCAACCAGAGCGCACCUUCUCUGCUCCCCACGCCGUGCCCCACAUCACCAAUGCUCCCCCCACCACCGCCACCAGCGCCGCCACCGCCAACACGGCAACAGCACCACAGGCGCCGGGCACGCACGUGCUGGGCCGCACAGUGUCUGCGCCCACGGCCACGACGGCAAGCGCAGCACCGCGCUCCCAGGUGGACCCGUCGACACUCCCGCCCUCAGGGAUCAUGGGUGCUCUGGAGAGCAGCCGGGACACAAGCUUCGACGCGCUGCCCUCACCGCUGUGUGGGCCAACGUCCUUCUUUGGUGUCAAGUUCAAGAACGAUCAGUCACAGCAGCACCAGCACCAGCCACAUCACCAGCCACAUCAGCGCCAAGGGCAACCUGGCAGUACUGACGGCAGCAAUGGUGGCCAGCACAUGGCCAAUGGUGGUGGCGGUGUCAACACAGGUGGAAGUGAUGCGCCGGGCAGCACGCCCGUGAGCCCAGUAGUACUGCAGAGCCUUUUGUCGCAGCUGCACCGCCAAGAACAGCAGCUCAAGUCCCUGCAGCAGCAGCAGCAACACCAGCAACAGCAGCAACAACACCAGCAACAGCACCAACACCAACAGCACGGUGCAGCGAAUGCGAUGCAGGCUGGUCUGCUGAGUCUGCUGCAACAGGUGCAACUCAACACUGUGCAGGCACCACAGCCGCCGGUCACGUACGCUCCGCAAGGGCAGCACCAGCACCAGCAGCAGCAUCACUACGCCCAGCGCCAGCAGCCGCCCAUGCAGCAACAUCAGCAGCAACAUCAGCAAGGCCAGCAGCGGCCACAGGAGCACUUCAACAGCAGCGCCGCGCUCUUUCCUCUGCCCUUGGACACGAUGCCCAACAUGCCAACAACAACAUCAGCGACGGCACAUGUGGCUGCCAAAACCGCCACAACCACAGCCAUAUCCACGACCACGACCGCGUCCAUCGCCACCGCUGUGACCAGCACGGGCGGCACGACGUCGAUGCCACCACCACUUCCGUUUGAUUCGCCGUCAAAGGCAGCGCUGGAAGUGGAGCUGCUGCUCGCGGAGUCGAGCGAUCUCAUGUCGCAGUUGCACGCCGACACAUCUGCCGCCGCCCCGCCGCAAUCGUCCGCGUAG